AUGGCCGAAACAAGAUCUAUCUCAGCAUCGUCCUAUAAUAACGUGCCUGCGCAUCAUGAAAAGCGAUUAUGGUAUCGAACGACGUUCUUCAACGCUUUUGUUAUUGGAGGAGUUGGUUUUAUGGCGCCCGGUCUAUGGAAUGCAAUGAAUUCGUUGGGCGCUGGUGGUGCGCAGUCGCCGUUUCUAAUUAAUGCAGCCAAUGCAUUGGUAUUUGGCCUUAUGGGCUUCUUGUGUCUCUUCGGCGGACCCAUUGCAAACCGUAUCGGCCUGAACUGGACCCUACUGUUGGGCGCCGUUGGCUACCCGAUCUACUCGGCUGCAUUGUAUACGAACAAUCGCUACGGUAAUGUUUGGUUUGUCCUCGUUGGAGCAGUAGCAUGCGGGUUGUCAGCCGGUCUUUUCUGGGCCUCUGAAGGUGCCGUGGCAUUAGGCUACCCGGAGCCAGCCAAGCGAGGCCGUUAUAUGAACAUUUGGCUUUGGUUCCGCACAGGCGGUCCCUUGGUAGGAGGGGCUAUUGUUCUUGCACUCAAUCACUCGGCUGAAGCGAAAGAUCGAGGCAAAGUUGGGUAUAAAACCUAUCUCAUCUUUAUUGCUUUGCAGUGCGUGGCUGUUCCAUUGGCGAUCUUCCUCUCGCCGCCAGACAAGGUCCAACGCAGCGAUGGGAGCAAAGUGAAGAUUGUUCUGCAGAGUUCAUGGCGUGCCGAGCUGCUGGAGCUCUGGAGACUAUCUUGCAAGAAGGAGAUCCUUUUGCUAAUACCAGUAUUCUGGGCAGCAUACUUCAACCAGUACAGCUCAAACUUCCAAACGUACUACUUUGGUGUUCGGGCGCGGGCUUUGACAGGCUUCCUCAGUACGCCAACACCCAUCCUUGCAUCUAACAGAUUCACUGACCCCGACAAAGGCUACUUUGCAACUCUAUUUUCUUCCUGGCUCAUCAGCCGAUUCCUAGACUACAAAGGGGUCUCAACGAAGAACCGGAUUACCUACAGCUUUUGCUAUGUGAUUGUUUUGCAUAUCAUAGCUUGGGUGUAUGGAUGGGUUGUCCAAGAAAAGUACACAGCAAACCCACCGACCUUCGACUGGACAGACAAGGGCUUCGUCGAGGGCUUUUUCGUCCUUGUGCUCUGGGAAUUUUCUCGGCAGGCCCUGCAAAACUGGCUGUACUACCUCGUUUCGACCAUGACCGACAACAUCUCGGAGCUGUCUCGAUUAUCCGGUAUUCUUCGUGGCCAAGAAAGCUUCUCUCAAGCGGUUUCAUUUGGUCUCAACACUCGCAAUUGGUAUGGAGGGCGAGUUCCUCUUGCUGUAAAUACGAUUUUGCUCGGUCUCGCGGUCUUCCCUACUUUGCUGGUUAUCAAGAACCACGUCCCUAUUGAACAUGACAAGAAUGCUUCUACAAAGCUCGAGAGUCGGGACGAAGAGGAAGGGGCCGUGCAGAAUAAUGUAGAAAGUGGCAAGGGCAAUUGUGUGACUGGGGAAACGGUUGCGACCAAGUCAUAA